GAACAUCUUGGUCUGGAAGGAUAAAAAUGGAGAUGUGUUUACAACUCUUUCAUCAGUGAGUAUGAGUAGCAUUUAAUUAGUAUUUAGUGUUGACUGCUUUAAGCUAGCGCUUAACUUUGCCGUAGACGCCAUUCAAAUAGACAAUAAAUGUAUUCCUUAAAUAAACGACCCGCGCAUCUGUCCCUAUAGGCCCCUGACAUAAAUUAUUGUCCUGCAACGUAGGCCUAGGUACUUAUGGCUAGCAUAGGUUCUGUGUGAAAGUAAAGAACGACCAAAAAGUGAGUUAGAACUUCUAUUAUUAUAUUUUUGUUUAUUUGAGGUUUAAAUUAGCGCUUCAAGAUUAAGAUCUCUUUCUUCCUCUAAAUAAAUGCAAAACUUUUUUUUUUAUCCAUUAACAAAUCUCAUAGUAAAGAAUCCGAGUGUGGAGCAGUGAUGUAGCCUCCUUGCUACGUAGAAAACACCAUUAUGUUAUAUGACCCAGUAAUGCCUCAUUAUUAUCAACUUCUUAGCUAUAGCCCGCCACACAAUGGUGGCCGCAAUCCGAGAACUUUCCAUCUUCCAACUUUAUAAGAUUAGCAAUUAAUGCUACCCCUGUCCCCCGCUACGCCACUGAACUAUAUUCAUAUUCUAGUGUUCUACCCUCUUUUACACCUCAGAUUUAAUACACCAACCGUUUCCGUAAUACUAAAAGUAAGAUCACGCACCAAACGCAUUUGCGAUAUUUUUAAGAAUCUCAUUUAGCGCAGUUGUCCGGAAUUUUAUUUAAGCGAAUUCAUUGCCAUCUGGUAGUGUUUUUGAUAUUAACACAUAGUGAAUUAUAUUGUAUUGAUGUUUAUUGGAUAGCCCCUAAUCUUUAGUCAGCCACUGAGACGUUACUAAAAAAAAUUGUUUUAAUAUAUUUUUUGUCUUGGUCAUUGGAAAAAGAAAAUGUUUUAUUUAGCUUAAGGCUGUAGUAAGUAGUCUGUCUUCAGCUGUGAUUAACAUAUUUGAAUAUAUUGCGAACCGCUGUAAGUUAUAUUUAAUGCAUUUUUCGCAAGCAAGCCUUUUUUGUGUGCUUAAGUGAAAGUCCAUUUCAGUUAUAACUUAGUGUCUUCAUUUUGUGUCUUAAGACGGAGAGCCAUUAUUUGGAUGUCCUUGAUGGUCUAUACUUUGACCAACCCGAACUCAUCAUUAGACUUAUGGGCUACACCAUCUCACCAAAAGAUCAACCACCUAAAUCCGAAAGAGAUCCAGUACAAUACUGCAUUUCCUAUACAGGUUUGGGGAAAGCUUAAUUAAGAUAAUUCGGUUACUGAGAUAAUAGCAUUCAUAUGCACCACUGGUUUGAUCAAUUCGGUUCAGGAGCAUAGAUACGUUAAUUUUUUCAUUUAUUUUAGAAAAUAUUUUUUAAAAAAUCUUUUUAAUCCACAAAGUUAUUAAUAUUUUAUUUUACAGGGCAAGGAGGUAUAAAGAUACUUCAUAAGUCUCUCAGGAGGAGAAUCAUUCAGUUAAUCGACACUAUAGGUUGGUUAACAUUAUGUCUAAUCACUAGUUUCACUACGAUUUUUGGGGGAAUUUCAAAUAUAGUAUGAUGUAGUGGGACCGCGCUUGUUAAAGGAUGCAGUAACCAUCAUCAUUAUGGCAGCACAAAAAAAGGGUACUGGAGAGCAUCGUAAGCACGAUAAGUUUCGAUGAUUCGCAUCAACUUAGUGUCUCAGCUAAGCAGAAUUACGUCUCACUUUUCAAACUCACGCACAGAAUUAUUACCAAAGCGAAGUCCCCCCCUUUUUUUCCAACCCUUACGAGGACUGCUAUAUGACCAACUGUAGUUUUUUUGUGUCCGCAUGAAUCCCAUUAAACUACGUUUGUUCUGGAACGCUUUCCAUUUGUCCGCAUGAAUCCCAUUAAACUACGUUUGUUCUGGAACGCUUUCCAUUUGUCCGCAUGAAUCCCAUUAAACUACGUUUGUUCUGGAACGCUUUCCAUUUGUCCGCAUGAAUCCCAUUAAACUACGUUUGUUCUGGAACGCUUUCCAUUUGUCCGCAUGAAUCCCAUUAAACUACGUUUGUCCUGGAACGCUUUCCAUUUGUCCGCAUGAAUCCCAUUAAACUACGUUUGUCCUGGAACGCUUUCCAUUUGUCCGCAUGAAUCCCAUUAAACUACGUUUGUUCUGGAACGCUUUCCAUUUGUCCGCAUGAAUCCCAUUAAACUACGUUUGUUCUGGAACGCUUUCCAUUUGUCCGCAUGAAUCCCAUUAAACUACGUUUGUCCUGGAACGCUUUACAUUUGCUGUUUGUUAAUAUGUUUUAUGUAUGGAUUGUGAUCAGGCAUCAUUUCUUUUUUUUUAAAUUGAUAGACUUAUCAAAACUUUACGGCAGGAAAGAGCUUAGACCAAUUUACUGUCUCUUUUUCAUUGUUGCCAACAAAAUAUAACUGUAAAAAUGAGGGAUUGUAUUGAGAUGAAGAACACACCUUUCAUUCUAUGAUAAACUUGCCAUAGAAUCUUAAAAAUGGGCAUAUUGUUUACUAACUUCGUGUACCCCCUGAGCUGCGAAGCAUGUUAACUGAAAACACACAUCAUAGUUUCUUGUAUUUUUUUUUUUAAUGAUGCUGAGACUCAGUUAUUCAUGAAAUCCACGCUAGCCACUUUAAAAGUCUACCCAGAUUUGUUUAUUGUUGUUGCAAAGCAGACUUUGACAGGAAACUUCAGUUCCUUAGACUUAAGGUGGUGGUCGGAGGGACUCGUGUUAUGGAAAUUCGGGGUAUUAAGUCUGUUUCCCCGGCUUCAUUGACGACAUAUCUAUUCACGACUUUAACCUGCAGCCUGGUGCUGUUACAAAAUUUAGGGGCUAUCAGAUUGCGCAACAGCAUGAGUGGAGUACAAACUUUCAGACAUAACUUAUGUGGGGGAAUCCUUAAAGUGCGAAAGAACUCUACCGGAAAUUACACCACGACCUCUAAGUCAAACACGGAGUCCACAGUCUGAUAUAGCGGAAUCUCAGUAGGAAGUUGAUCUGAUAAAGAACCAUUGAUGUUUUUCUUCCAUGUUGGUUUUGGGUGUAAGAAUAGCUAUUCUUUAAGCCAUAUCAAGUUGUGUGCUGGGUGACCGGGUGGUCAAAUCUCAAGUUGGUGGUCUUGAGUUCAAAGCCCAGUCAAGCAAAACACAUUACCAGCACCCCGGUUGGAUGAGAUUCGUUAACCUUGGAUGGCAACUCAUCUAAGAGAAGGAAACUCUGAAUUCAAACCCAGAGAUGGAGUCCCGUAGGUACAUGAAACAUUCCGACAACUCCUGCGACGCCACUGGUGCCAAGCUGUACAUGAUGUUCCUUUGGGUUAUCCAGCAGCGUGGGAGCGAUUUGCUUUCGGGAACAAGCGUAUAAACCUAGAAGAAUAAUCCCAAACUUUGUGGAUUUCACCCUGCAAAAUCUUCACCAUCACAUUGUUACGGACGGAUGCAAGCAACACAACAAAAAAAAAAAAAAAAAAAAAAAAAAAAAAAAAAGAAAAAAUCAAAUUAGCCAAGUCUACAUUUCUCAUAUAUGAUUUUGUUUUUUCAUCCAUUGGCUUUGAUCGUCACAGAGAUUUCCCAGAGGAUAUAGCGUAUCCUUAUCUUCCUUUAAAUUCCCAUGUUCUAUUUGGAGAUGAGAUUAGACACGAAAAAUUUGUGUCAAUAAAAUAAUAUGUUCAGCUUUAAAAAUAAUUUAACAUAAUACACAAGUAAAAGUUUCGGCAAACGCCUUCAUCAAUACAACAACAAAACAUUAAAUUGUAUAAAUUAAAUUUACAUAAUUUAAUAUAUAUAAUGUAUAUAUGUACAUGCAUCCUAACUACACAAUAGAAAAGAAUAGGAGUGGGCGCAAAACCCAUACAGAAACAAAGUGUAGAAGAACAGAAAGGAAGUGAUUUGAAGUAAAAUGUAAAAAAAAACAAAAAAAAAACAAAACAAAAAAAACGAACAGGUAAAGACAUGGCAGCUACGUAAAAUUUGGGAUUUGUUUUAUACCGUAUGGAGUCAACAUACCAAAUCUUGUUAUUAAUUUAUCUUCCAUAUAAAUCUUAUGCGGUUUAUUACUUGUAUAAAUUAUACCAGUAAAUGCGAAGUCUAAAAUUCCAUCCUGGUUAGUAUCAUUAAAAAUGUUUGGAGACCUGACAAAGGACUUGUUUAUUUAUGUUAUAGAGGUGUUCUCUAAACCUGUCUUUAAGGCGACGACCUGUCUCUCCUACAUAUAAUUUACCACACUUUUUAAAAAAGAUGUUGUAAAUCAACAAAAUUGAGUAAUCUAUCUUAAAGCUUUAUCGUAGUCCAACACUCUUAUUAUUAGUUAAUUAGAGAUGGAAGCUUGAGAACUCCCCUGCCUUAAGAUUGCCUUUGAGAUGAACCUUCGUGUUGACUCGCAAGGAUCGGACUUGGGAUUUAGGCCAUAAUGAAUGGGGUGACUUAAGCCAGGCUUUGACCUCAUCAGCACGCUUUCCCGAAAAAGGCGGGUAGGGUCUGCCUGAAAAUCACCGCAAAUUAAUCACAUUUACAAGACAUUUACUUCUCCGGAUUUCCUGAAAGACUUUGUCCAAUGCUUCUGUUCCCCCGUUGAGAGCCAUGGUGCACUCAUCCCAAACAAUUACCCUUUUCUCCCGAAGCAUCUGAGUUGUAUUAGACUGUUUCAAAGUGUUGCAAAAAGUUGUCUCAGGUUGACUUAAGGUAAGAGGCAGCUUGAAGGCAGAGUGGGCUGUCUUUUCACCGUCCAGAAUUUUUUUUUUUUUUUACUUUCUUGUGGUAUGAAGCAUCAGAUUUAUCACUGCACACCAAAUAAUUAUCACCAUAUCUAAUAUAAAAAAAAAAAAAAUUACUUGUUAGAAACCCCACGGCUGGUUACGCAAAUCCUUUUAAUUUUUAAAAAUUCUUAGUCAUUUGAGUGUAUUCGUUUCCAUUGUAAAAUUUUUAAUUUUUUUUUCACCGUCCAGAAUUUUUUUUUUUUUUUUACUUUCUUGUGGUAUGAAGCAUCAGAUUUAUCACUGCACACCAAAUAAUUAUCACCAUAUCUAAUAUAAAAAAAAAAAAAAUUACUUGAUAGAAACCCCACGGCUGGUUACGCAAGUCCUUUUAAUUUUUAAAAAUUCUUAGGCAUUUGAGUGUAUCCGUUUCCCUUGUAAAAUUUUUAAUUUUAAGGAACGUCUACCAGUGCUUAACUAUUUCAUUUCUAUUUUCACCGAUACAACCCUCUUCCCAGCUUGGUCACAUGGGUGAUUCUUGAUAGAACUCUCAAUUUUUCUUGGGACUAUGACGAUAUCAUACAUUAGUUUGUCACCAAUGCCAGUGAUCUUUUAUUUGACUUAACUUCUGCAAAAUCCUGUUCCUGCAUAAAAUGGGGUCAAUUACUUAACGUCUAUAAUAAAUUUAUAUAAAUUUAUUAUGAUUUUAUAUACCAUCGACCCCUUUAAAAAUGUCAAAUACCUACAUUGAAAAGGAAAAGAACAAAAUUAUAAUGUUGAAAUAAUAUGAUUAACUAAUAACUUUUAUCUUGUUGAAUGCAACAAAAUUAUCAAACAUUAUUGAAAUAUAAUAAAGUAUCUACUACAUUUUAUGUUAAGAUUUUUGAAAGACAGAAGUGUUUACACCAGUCGACGAUUUUUAACUUGAGAUACGUGGUUUAAAAUAUUCUUGUUGUAUGCGCAUCAUUCGCGAAACUAAAUAAAGCAGCGGUUCUCAACCUGUGGGUCGCGACCCCUUUGGGGGUCGCACGACACUUUCCCAGGGGUCGCCUAAGACCAUCUGAAAACACAUAUACUCUACAGUUAUGAAGUAGCUACGAAAAUAAUUUGGUGGCUGGGGGUCGCCACGACAUGAGGAACUGCAUUAAAGGGUCGCGGCAGUAGGAAGGUUGAUAACCACUGAAAUAAAGGAUUGUUAAAUGAAGUGCCAAAAAAAAAAAACGUGAUUUCAAAAAAAAAAAAAAAAAAACAAAAACAAAAAAACAAGAACUAAAAAACGCCACAAAACGAAACAUUGCUUUACUAUAUUUUUCGGACUUUGGUAAUUUCAAGCUAUAUUAUUAUAAAAACUGGGUCUGAACUGCACUUUUACCAAAAACUGAAUUAAAAAAAAUAAUUUAAAACAUGGAAAUAUUCAACUUCAUAGAGAUUGUGCACUUAAGAACUCGUGAUCAGUCAGUCAGUGAGUGUCUUAUAUAUUUAUAUUCAUAUAAAUAUAACACACAGACAGACAUUAAGGAUUUGGUAAUAUUAAACUUCAAAUUUGAAAUCAUCAUUCAGUUUCAGUUAAUAGUUUAAAUUGUUGGUAUACAUGUAAUAUGUUUAAAAGUUAUUUUCUCAGCCUACUAAAAUAACAUGAGAAUCCUAAUAUCAAAUAGUAUUGCUAAGGGAGACUAUCUUGAAUUCAAAAUUGAUAUUUGAUGAAACACUAAAAAUAUUAUUUAAUGAGCCAUAAGUAUAACGCAGGAGCUUUCUAAAUAAAUAAUCAAGCUAAUAAAUUCUGUUACUUCAAUUUCUUACUUACAAUAUUUAGUUAAAAAAAUAUAUAGAAAAUAAAGUGUUUAUUCAUGAAAUUAAAGGGUCAAGUUAUUUAGCGUUUAAAUAUACCAGUAAUCAACCACUUCAGACUAGGCCUACAUAAUAUUCUAGAUUUAAUUAAAAUGUAUUUUUAUUUUUCAUAUUAUGUUACAACUUUAUUAUGUUUCACCCAAUCAGGUGCUUGGAUUGUUAGUGAGUAUCAGGACAGAGAUGUUCUAGAGAGCACUAAGCAACCAUUUGUUUUACCAAAUAAAUUAGAAACUCAUAAUGUAAGUUUCAGGAAAAUAACUUAAUGAAUUUGGUUACUUUGUGUGUAAGUGUGCAGGGUUUCUUUCAGCUAUAUCUCUGGGGGAGGGGGAAAGCCAAGUGCCCCCCCAAGCAAAAAUAUGUCCAACAAUAAAUCAACUGGCACUGCUGGCACUGCCCCCCACCCGAAAAAAUCUGAAAUUAUCACUGUGUGUGUGAAACACAUUUUUUUGGAAGACAAAUUUGUGUACUCCUCAAAGCCUUUAAGUUUCAUCGUUUUGUAAAUUUUGUAAAUUACGUACAAUACAAAAAUAAAUAAAUAAAUAAACUCGGAAAAACAAACCAAGAGAGUAGCAAUGCUAACACUAACAUGCUUGUUUUUUUAAUCUAUCAAUUUUAAAUAAUCUUUAGUUUUUUUUCCUCCUAUAUUUAUAUGUUGUAUAUUUAAUUUUAAUAUGUUUUUAAAAAUUAACAGCAUUAUCAGUAGCCAAGGAGAUGUGAUUUUAAACAAAUACACGAGAUCAUUUAAUGGAAAAAAAAGACCAUCAUGAAAUAUUGAUAUUGCCAACUUUCAAUUGCAAUGAGCAGCAAUGCAUUAAAAAUAUGAAGCUUAUUUUUGGUAACCACUCUUAGAUUGAAAUAUAGAAAAUUAAUAUCUUUUUUAUAUGGGAAUUUGAAAAAAAUUUAAUACCGGUACUCAUGAUGGCAUGUGUAUACUGAUAGAUUUAAAUUAAAGUUUUAUUGUUAUUUUGAUCCCCCAUUGACAUUGAAAAGUUGCAUUAUCUAGGUCAAACUCACAAUUAAAAUAAUCUAUAGAUCUAACUUACAAAUAUAUUUUCAUUAUUUAUUUAUCAUUUAGCGUUCAUAUGAGAAAUCUUUGUGGCCACCAUCAUUUACAUACAGCUCAGUGGCUCUGCUAAAUAAAAUUAAACCAAAAAAAGAUGCAGCUGCAGGUAAGUCAAAUUAAGUCAUAUUUUAAAUUUGAUUUUCUCUAAAGAAUAAUUGAAGUAUUGAGUUUAACUAUGGUAAUUAAACUCUUUUUUUUCUGCGGUAAGCAACAACCUAUUCAAAAUGUGUAAAUUGUAAGCCUGAAAGAAAAGUACACAUGAUCUUCCUUAAAUGAAACAUUUAUGUUUUUGGAGGUUAUUUUUUUAUAUUUGGGGUGGGGUUUGGGUUGUUUAUGACCUAUUUUCCAUUGGGUGUGUUACUGGGUUAAGUACGUUUUUAAGUUCAUACUAAUUUUUUUUACAGUUGGACACAUACCUUAUGAAUGUGUGCUUGUUACCCAAGGGGAUGCGAACACUCUGCAAAAAUUGUUAGAUAUGGCUGAAAAUCCAAAUGUUAAUGUUCUCAUUUUGAAGGUCAGUAAAAUAAUAUGUAGGCUAUUUGUAAAAAAUCAUAGAAUUUAAUGUAAGGAUGUGAAUUCUAAAAACUAAAUGAUAGAGGCAAAAUAAUUAAAUUUUAGCAAUUUGAGCUCUUUAGAAGUCUGAAAAAUUAAGCUAAAUAAUGUAGGCCUACCAAUUCUUCUAUGUCAGCCAUAUUCUCUUAUCUCAUUUAAUUUAAUGUAUUUAUAGAAUUAAUAUUGUUAAUAUUUUGAAUGACACAUAAACUUUUUGUUUAUUUAUCUGGAUUUCUAUAAGUGAUGAUAAAUGCUUUUUGACAUUAGACAUUAGAUACCAAAAAGCUUGCAUAUUUCUAAAUCAGUUCAUGUGAACGGUGUUGAAGAUUGAUUGAUAAUUAUUAGUCGUAAAUAGACAUAAGAUCUUUGAUGACAAACUAAAGAUGGAGACAACUAAUAUUUUUAGGGCUUUGGUGGACUUGCUGAUGCUCUUGUCAAUCAGGUAUCAAGUAAACAAAAGGGACUGUAAGUACUUAGAUCAAUAUCUUCCACAUAAUUUUUGUUCUGGUCCAUUUUAUGCCAAAUAAUUUUUGAGCAUUGAUGUGUGUCACAGAACGGUUGUUACGGAGGAGGGCUCCGGUCCUGACUUGUCACAAACUAUAUUGACUUAGUAGUGGUCAGUACAGGACCACUCCUCUCUGUGAUUUAUAUUGUGGGUGUCUAAGCGUUGAGACAGACAAAAGCACAACGUAGACUUGAACGAAAUCCAACAACAGAAACUCCAAGUGUUCAAUGAUGAAAUAGACUAUAUUUAUUACUCAAAUAAAAAGUUCUUCUAUAGUAUUCACUAACUGUCAGCUAUCUACGACUGUUUCUAAACUGUUAAACUAUAUCGUCUCCUACGUUCCACUAGUCAACACGUCUCCUGAUAUCUUGCGACUGACAACUGCUCAACUCUAUCAUAGCUCUUUGGUCUCUCUUCCUCAACUACGUCGUAACUCUGUUCCCUCUUCCUCAACUAACCCCUAUCUUGAAAUGUUCUGUCUUAUAUACAAAUCUCUACUUACCUAGGUGGUCCAGGAGUGCUGGCAAUUAACUUAUCCAUGCCCCCCUCAUUUCCGGUCAAUUAGGAACUUCCGUCGUCAAGACCAAAAUUGUCACGUGAAGUCUGGAAAACCCGAGACAUAAUAUUUUGGAAAGAAACAUCCCCCUAUCGCCAAGAUGUGACAAUCAGUCAAUCUAUUAACCUUAAUUGACCCAUUAACAACGGCGUCGCUAAACUAAAAUAACAGCAACUUCCGCCCAUCCUAUAAAGUACCUUAUCAACAAUGGAGCUCUGUCCUGUACCCCCGCCCCAGUCAUUUGUGACAAUGUGAGAUAUUUUUGUGCAAACCAACGUGAGAAAAAAAAAUCAAAUAUUACAUUUUGCAGAAAGUCAAACCAAGACAUUUGCCUUGCUACUCAAACCUAAAUUUAAGACUGUCAAAUCAGAAAUAAGUUACACAGAGCCAAAUGUAAGACUGUCAAAUCAGAAAUAAGUUUAAUUUUGUGGGUAAAAGUCUUGGAAAAUAUUGUGUGACAGUAUCAAAUUAUACCUUUAUUGUUUGUUAAAUUUAAUUGAAGUAUUGGUCUGUAAUCUAAAACACUGUUAUUGCAAUUAAAAAAAAAAGCUCCUUUCAAAUUUUGAAAUACUUGUACAUUUUUAAUGUAUAGUUUUUUAAAUUCUGAUGUUAUGCAUGUAACAGACCUGUUUACUUUUACGAUUUUGGCGUACAAUGUACGAUUUUGAGAUGUCUUUUACGAUUGUACGCGGAGACCCGCCAAAACUACGAUUUUCAGAGAGCCGUUGAAAAAAAAAUAUAUUUUCCGAUUAAAAUUCGUUUGUUGAAGUUUUAGCCUUUUCCAAUAAAAAUCUACUGGUGAAUGGAACGAGAAAAACGAUUGGUUGUAAUUUUUUUUAAAGUUGGGACCAUCCUUCAUUAUAUUAUGUGCGCACUGAGAGGGGAGGUGGGGGGCUGUUAAUGAAGGAGAUUUGCGGCAUACGGGACGCAUGGGUGGGGGGGGGGGUUGGUCGGAGUGUCAAAGGUUAUAAAAAUAUCACCGCAAAGUAUCGUAUUGAUGGCGAUGAUUGUCAUAGUGUUGCUUUGUGUGUCACACUGAACUAGUUAGCUGCGUCACUGGUAAUAUUUAUAGGCCUACUAUUCACCACCAUGCCCCCUUUGACUGCUACCAAGCUUGUGACGUAGUUUUGUUCCCUUGAACCGCGGCGAUGGUGAAAACGGAGAAAACUAGAGACGAGACGGUUUUUACAAUCAAAUACUUGAUCCCACUGUUCUGCACUGGAAUGUUGGACGUGGACAUAUUUGAUAAGAGCCAGUCAGCGGCAUUUAACAAAUAUUGGUAGAACUCGCAAAGCAGCUCUUCACCCUCAGCGAUCGUAAUACGACAGUUUGGUAUCACAACUAAUACUGCCCCCACCCCUUUUUUUAAACGGAAAAAAUCAGACGACAGCUCAAUGUUUUUCCCCAGUAAUGAGGGGGGUGGGGGGGGGGUUCUGCCCGGUGGAAAUAAUUACGUCACUAGCACGGAAAGACGAAUAACUGCACUACAGUGUGUUAUCUCUAUGUCAUGUUCAAUGUUACAACUACAGGGAUCUCUUUAUGCAAACACAAAGCAUUAGUAGCGUAUAUGAGUAGGCCUAUAUGAAUAUGCUUACUGCGAAAUAUUGUAGUAUUUCUUAUAACCUUAAUAAUAAUAAUAAUAAUAAAAGGCCUUAUUAGAAUUCACGGAUUUCACAGAUUUUUGACAGUUGGCUCUAUAAGAGACUGUCGGGAUAAUUAUUGUAUGCUUAAAUGUAGGUGCACUCUAUUAACCCCUCAUCAAAUCUGUCAUAGCAUCCUCAGUGCGUAUAUCAUACGUAAUAGUUCGAUGGUCCUUUGUUUUACGUUGACAAGUGGGAAGCCAGGGCGGUUGGAGGAUCCUUUGUGAGGGAAAUGUUGUAUGGCUCAGCUCAACAGAUGGAGUUGAUAGCCAAUUUACUAGCCGGGGUCAUAAGAGAGUAAUCUCAGACCCUCGCCAGAAUACGUGUGUUAGUUAGUAGAAAUCAGAGGCAAAAUGAGUGGUGUGGAUUUAGGAGAUAGUGUGUAUGGUGCGGGUCUAAAUGUUUAAAUCUAUACAAUCAACUCCGCCACAUACAUUUUCGUAAUGUCAGGGGGGGGGUGGAGGGGGGGAUAUUCCUCGGCAGAAAGUAAAUGCGGUAUUUAAAAAUACUACACUAUUCAUCCAGAAACUCUGAAAGUCCUAAAAUAGCACAUUGAUAGAUCGAAUGCUGUAAAAUACCAGACAAUGUUUGCAGGAAUUACCGUCGUGAUGUUGUCAAGAUGUAUUUUCAAAAAUGAUCUCGCUGGCUAUUCUUAAACUCAGUAGUAGAGAAAUUACAGUAAUCUUUAGUCCACCGAAUGGUAAGGCCACGUGCUACAUAUAAUUCGGUGGGCUACGCCAGUGGUUCUAAAAUUUUAGUUUCCCUGCGCCUUUGCCACACUACGUUUUCACCAGGCUCCCUGUGUUGAAUUCUAACAUGUACAAUUCGAAAUAGCGAAUACACAAAUAAAAUAAGGGUUGGAUAAAAAUAAAUAUAACGUGUAUGUAGGUCACUGAGCGCCAUCUGGAACUGCAAACAGCAAUUUCUUAGUGAGUUACUGUUACGACCGAAAGUUGUCACAUUGGUUUAAAAGUGAAAAUAAAAUAAUGAAUUUUUAAAAAUAUUUCGCAACGCCCCGAUGAGGAAGCCGCAGCCACCGGAUAUAUACAGAGGGGGGGGGGGGGGGGGCUGGCUGCUGGUGUUUUAAAGCUCACUGUACCGCACACACAAAAAGGUGGGGGGGGUCCCAAUUCGUUACCGGGUAAUUAAUUCUUAUUUUAAUACAUUUUAUUUUAUGCCCACCUGACGUCAAGUUUGAACAACGUUAAAUUUCACCGGUGACUUUAUUUUUACCUGUGACAGACUGGGAUAAUGUGAUCAGCACGUUAACCCAAAUAUUAAUUAAUAUAUUGUACUAGCCGAUACACGUCUGCAAAACAAAGUGACCGCCGUUUGCGGUUAACGUCAGUCAUCUACCGUUAACCUUCAGUUCUAUAUUUUGACGCCAGCUUAACUCGAUUCCACUGAACAUGCUAUAGGAGUAUUUAUUGUAUACAUUAUAUAUACUGUAUUUUUAUUUAUUUACUAUCAAAAUACUGCAUUGUACGAUUUUGACACGAUAUUGUACGAUUUUAGGAGUUUGGGGGUAAACAGGUCUGAUGUAACAGAAACAUAUUGAUACAUUUUUUAAUGAUUCAUUUUCUGCAGCGCUGUGUCCAUCAAAGAAAUACUGAUUCAAUUAAAUGAAUAUGUCAGGUGGGAACAGGGAGAAAAAGAAAAUGCAGAAAAUGGCCAUGAUAGUAUUAGCAUGGAAAAAAGGUUAUCAUUAAUACCACCUAGUAUCCCACCUAAUGAAGUGCAGGAAAAUAAAAAUUCAACUGCUAAAACUCCAAGGAAGGAUGACACACAAAACUUGAGGCUAGAAAAGCUUUGUGAUAUUGCUAUAGUCUUUGAACCUGAUCAAAGUUUGCCAGAUUUAGGCCUAGGCAAGGCUAUUCUGCAGACCAUUCUUAAAGGUAUAUUAGUUUUAGUGUUAAAUUGUACUAAACUAUAUUAAUAAAUAAAGAUUUUACACCAUGCAUUUUUAAACAUACAUUUUACAUUUUAAACAUGCCCACAUUUAAUAGCUUAGAAAAUAAAGUAAUUUCUUAUUCCUUCCCAUAAAGUUUUCUUUUUGUUUUUAGGAAAUCCAAAAAAAAAUUCAAAAUUACUUAAGCUGUGCAUAGACUUGGAUUGUUUUGAAGAAGCUGAGAAAUAUUUACUUAAAGACUUGAAGGUAAAAAAAAAAGCUUAACACAUUAAACAGAUACAUAUUAAUCUGUUUACCCUAGUAAUAUAUAGAUUUGUAUUUGAACAAGGUUUAUUUUAAAUUAAUAUUUCGUUGGAAAAAAUCUUACAGAUUGAAACUUUUUUGAAUUCUUCAAUUAUAUUGAAUAAUAUUCUCAUAUGAAAUGGAAAAAUAUAUUUAAAAUGAUUAAAUGUUGUUUAUUUAUGCAUAACAUUGGAAUAUAAUUUCUUAUGAGAGUCUCUAUAUUAAUUUCUUUUUAUAUGGACCUGAAUGAAAAUUUUGUUGAGACAUAUUAUAAUAGAAGGAGCUAAAGUUAUGUUAUACUUAUGAAUGAACUAUAAUAAAGUUAAAUGUCACUUUUUAUUUUAAAAGUCUAUUUAUGCUAAUCAAUUGUGUAUCUCAUAUUCACAUAGAUUAUGGACUGUUUGUCUGUGAUUCAAUCAGCUUAUUCACAGAAAAGGCUACAAUUUGUUGAAUAUUUUUUGAGAAAAGAUUUCUUUUUGAAACUACAAUCUUAUGUAAGUCUAAAAGUCAUAUUUAUCUCUUAAAAUAAAUUUCUAAAAUUUCAACAAAAAAAGUUAAAUUUGUUAAUUAUUUUAAAAUACCUUAAAAUAAUGAUAUCUUAUGAAUUUUUAAGUUUAAAAACAACUAUCUUUAUAACCUUCAAUACCUGAAUGAGAAUCUAUUUGAUGUUUUUAAACCCUGUACUUUCUAGGAUAUUGUGAUGUACAGUAUUGUAACAGACUCAAGAGCCCUUAACUUUUGCAACUCUACUCUUUGGCAGCCAGACCUCCUUAAUGAAAGUCCAGGUUGUUUGAAUUCUCUUGCUUUAAAAUCAUUUAUCUAUUUUACAGUAAAUUCUGCAAAAUAAAGGUUUAAAGAUCAAAUGUAGGUUGAGUGAUUUCUGUUCUAUAAUCACUUCUGUUUGGAAUAUAAUUAUUUAAAAUCCUAAUUUUUAGUAGAAAUCAAGGAAAAUGGAAUUUGGAAAAAGUAUGCACAAUAUUACACAUUAUGUUGAUGAUGAAAUAUUAAAAUAACAAUAUGCCAAAUAAAUUUUUCAAUGAAAAAAAAUUUGGACUUGGAUUUUCUCAGAUUUGCAGAAUUAAGCUAAGGUGAGUUCAUCAGACUGCCUUCAAAAUUUUGGUUAAAAUCAUGUUUUAAAUACAUAACUUAAAAAAAAUUUUUUUGUAAAAAAAAAAUAAUUUAUUAUAUUGUUUCCUUCUCCCACUUCCCUCUCAAAUGAGUACAGAUGACUAUGGAAUAUAUGACCAUCUUUUUAGACAUUGUCUUGUAAGCCAAAAUAUUGCAAUGUCAAUGCUUUUCUGGUUGGAUACUAAAGUAAGUAUUGCAGUGUUUCAAGUCAUUUUAAAAACUAUUUAUAUUAUUUGGAAUACUGUAAUAUACUGGAAUACUGUUCAAAAAAAGGCUCAUUUUCAGCAAAUUUUAAAAUAAACAAAUUGUAUAUACAAACAGCAAUGGUUUAUUUCUUUCCUUUUAGAAUCCUCUUGGGACUCUUUUACUGGCAUAUCAUUAUCUAAAGAAAGCUGCAAAAAGGGAGCGAAACCAUUUAAAAAGAGCCAAUUUAAAAGAGGCAGCACUGUGAGUAAAAUUGAUAAUUUCAUUUACAAAGACACUGGAUAUGUAAAGUCAGGUGUCACAAAUUUUCUCUUGUCUUUGGCUAAAAAAUUAAUAUUAAUUCAUUCAAUAUCACUUGAUUAAAAAAAAAUUAAAAUUUGGAUUAUAGAAUAAAAUUAUUUUAAAAUAAAAGCUAAAUUUAAUCUCUGCUCUACUAAUAAAAUAUCUUCCCUUAGCCUUUCUUAGCUGAAUAGGAUGUUUAAUAAAUUAUGAUAAUUAUGGAUAAUUAUGAUUAACUUUAGAACACAUCUGAAGGGUUUAAAAUUAAAGAAAAUAGAAACGUUUAUCUGUAAUCAAAUACACCAGAAAACAAGCAAGGGCAUUAGUGGUCAUGAAGUAACUAUCUUUACGAUUUCAAAUAUUGAUAAAAAUUUCCUCUCCUUCUCAAUCAAUAUGUUCAAAAUUCAGUGAAUAUCAAGCCAUUGGAGUCUCUUAUGUUAAUGCAUGCUAUGAUGAGGAUCCUGAAACAACUAUUAAAAUGAUUACAAGAAAAAUGAAACAAAUUAAAGAUAAUCCCUCCUGCAUUGAUCUGGCAUUAUUGUCCCACAAUCUGGACUUCCUCAUACAACCAGCUUGUAUCACCUUACAGCGGCGAGUGUGGAGAUGGGGAAACCUUUGGGACUUUUACUCAGAAAAUGUAAGUUCAAAUAGAGUAUUUGGAAAAAAAAAAUUGAAUCUGAAUUUAGAAAGCCCAACUCUAAUUCCAAGAGUAAACUUUCACAUGAGGGGAACCCCCGCCCCAUUUUUUUGUUUGUGGAAAUUUUAUUAAUCUAAUAUAGAUUUUACUUUACCAUAAUUUAAUGUUUCAGCACAAAGAUUACCCAGAAUGUCAGACAAUUUUAAACAAUUUUAUUUCAUUACUUUGAAUAGUUCUGCGGUUGAUCUGAACUUUUGUAAUUCAAUUCCGGAAUUUUGUAUGUAAAUAAUUGGCUCCGCUAUCUUUUUGUUUUCCCAAGGUGUUUAUGAAGCAGCGUAAGGGAUUAUAAAAGAGUUAUAUUGAACUAGCAUAACUGGCAUAACUAGAAAUAAUAAAUUCUGACUACCUUCAUACUUAUUAUGCAAAGUUAAUUUAACUGUAGGCCUAUGCCUAUAUGUUUUUCAAUUACCAUGUCAAGGCCUAUGCCUAUAUGUUUUUCAAUUACCAUGUCAAAUACAAAAUUUUAAAAUCUUUUAGGGUCAAAAGACAACUUCUUUAAAUUUAACAGAGAACUGGUAAAUAUUAUAGUAUACCAUUUAUAAUCUAGUUUUUAUUUGGAAAUAAAAUAGAUAACCUGAUUCUUUAACAUUACUAUUAUUAUUUUACUGUGUAUAUAUAGCUUGAUGUUGAUUCAAAUUAUUACAUUUUUACCAAUAAUAAUUGUAAUUCUUAAAAUAUAAUUUUUUUUUUUUUUAAUUAUUCAAUAAGUCAAAUGAUAAAUAUAUCCCCCCACCUUCCUUGACACUAAACAGGAAAAGAUAUUUCCUUCUGCUCUGUGUACCAAUGACCAUGUUUUCAUUAAAUGGAGUAAGUGUUGUUCCAUUAUCAGAAAACGGUUUCUGUUUUUUUAGAUUUGAUUUUGUUAUAUUUUUAAGUCUUCUGUAAUUAUUAUGUAAUUUUUUGAAAAUAUUUAAAAUGAUUUCAAAUAUAAAUAAGAAAUAUUAAAGAAAUAAUUGUUUUUUGAGGAUAGCAAUAGAGGAGAGAAGAGGGUUUACAUAUAUAUAUAUUAAAAAUAAAUUAAACUUAAUCUAUGUAUUUUGAGUUUCUGUCAUUCAUUUCAGAUUGGGCUUCUUAUUUUUCUCUUCAUUUACUGUCUUGUUGUCCUUGGAAGACUGACACAGCAUACAUUUCAUUGGAUGGAAGGUUACCUGGUGUUGUAUGUGAUGGUUGGCUUCAUGCAGGAAUCCUAUGAGGUGAAUGCUACUUUUCUGUCCAAAGUUGUUUUGUAUGAGAAAUGCUUUGUUUUUUUAAAGGGUGGGGGAUGGGAUAAAAUUUUUUGGACCGAACAAAUGCAAUUUAAUUCUUGAUUUAUUAUCUUAUCAUUAAUGGCUUUGUCAAAUAAAUAGAUUUCGUUCCUAAAGUAAUGUAUCUUUCAGAAGGUGCUUUUGCAAACUUCCUUUUUACAAAACUUUAUAUAGCUUGCCCUGAUAAUUUUAAAAUUGCAAGCAUCAGCUUCUUUAAUAAUCAAAACUGGGUAGUGAAAAUUAAAGUACUCUUUAAAAGAAUCCUAUGUAAAAAAAUAUAGAUAGGGCUGUAUGAGAAUUAAUUAUUGAAGAUUCUCUGUUGAAACUAUAAUUUCACAAAAUUUUAUUAUAAAAUCCUAAUUCUAUUAUUUAUCUACUUGGAAUAGGCUCUAUUUUUAAUAUUUCAAGACAGCUUUAUAGUUUCAUGACUAUUUUUUAUUCUGUGAGUUUAAAGAAAAAUUAAAUACCUAUUGAAAAUUAGUCUUUACUCAGCUAUAACUUAACCAUGUAUGUAUUUAUUAAAAAUGUGCUUUCAAAUAUAUUUUUCCUUUACUUUGACACAGUUAAAAAACAAAGGAUUAAAAUCUUAUUUAAAAAGUGGAUGGAAUUUGGUGGACAUCAUAUCAAUACUACUGUUUGUUAUUGCUGCAGGCUUGCGAAUAUAUGGAUACUUUGACGAAUCGGGUAAUGCUUAAGAAAUUAUGUUUAAAAAAAAUCUAGAUGCCUAAUUGAAUAUUUUUGUAUGUUUUCAACAUUGCCAAAUAAAUGAAUUUUUUAAAAUUACUAUCUAUUUUCUCAUAAACCUACACUUUUAUUAGGUAUGGUAUGGGAAAAUAUUAUGGAUUAAAAAACUUUAUCAUAUAAUAAUACUAACAAUUAGUUAUAAAAAAAAAAAACACCCUUGCAGUAUACAGAGUUAUAUCAAUGUGACCUACUUGUGUAAAUAAACUUCACUGCUUGGGUCUAGUUUUUUUUCUUCGCUAUACAAAGCCUUUAAAGUCACCAAAAAAAAUAAGAUGUUUUUUUUCACCUCUCUACAUAGAUAACAACCAACAUAUAAAAUACCUUUAAAAUAUUUAAAUUGCCUUUUACUUUGUUUUGUAAUUAUGAUAAAUCAAUGUUUGGAGUUAAAAAAGAUUUGCUAACAAAAUAUAUUAAACAUUUGCGUAGGCAAAAAUUGAUGACAUAAACUUAUAAAAAUUGUUAGGGAGUAUUGUGAUUGCUACUGAGGCAAUUUAAGAAACCCUUAAAUGAGAUGAAAUAAUAAAUUUGAUAUAGAAGAAAAAAGAAGACCCACAGCCUAUUGCUACUAUAAAUUGUUUCUUUUAAAAAUUUCCUACUAAAUCUCUCUUCUUUUCCACCUUUUAGGCACAACAAUGUUUGAUUUUGGAAGGGUAGCACUGUGUUUGGAUUUUAUCAUUUUUACCUUGAGAUUAUUACACAACUGUUAUGGUAGCCCUACUCUUGGACCAACUUGUGCAAUGAUCAUUAAAACAGUAAGUCAAUAAUAUCAUAGACACUGGACUUAUAAUGAGAUGAAUGGCAAAUAAUAUGAUUUAAAACAACAUAAUAACUAUUUUUGCAAAAGGAAAUGUAUUUUAUAUUGACUCAACAAAAACAUGGUGUCAUAUAAGAAAUUCAAUCGUUAUAAAUCCACUUUAUGAAUGAAUAAGUUUUCUCAUGAUAUGCAAUGUCACAUGUAAUCAUAAGUGAUCAUUAGUAAUGGUAUAUAUGAUGAGGAGAGGUAUUUAAUAUUUUUCUUAAUUUGAGUCAUUGUUAAAUCAGAUAGCAAAAAUGCAUUAUCUAAUUUUUUAAUAAUCCUAAAAUACUAAAUUAACCUUUUUUCUGCUAACUGUUUGGAUAUCCAAAGAUCUGAUGAAAAUCUGAUUUUAGUUUUUGUAAGAAUUUAGUAUGUGCUUUUUAAAAAAAAGAAAAGUUAUUUCUAACGUUACUAUGGCUUUCAAGAACUUUGCUCCUAUUAUUGUGAUAUAAUUCAAGGCAAAAAAGUAAUAAUCCUGGCACAAUUACUAUCUAAAUUCAAACUCCUAUUCUAGUAUUGUCUGUCACUUAUUUGUUUUCUUUCAUUUUCCAAAUAAAUAAAAUUUUACGAGCAUAAAAUAAAAAAUCCUUCCAUAAUUUUAAAAUGUAUAAUAUUAGACUUAAGCAACUGUAUUAAAAGGACUAUGAAUAAAAUUGGUCACUUAGACAUGCUUUUUAAAAAAAUUCUGUAGAUCAGAUUUACAAGUAUUACUUAUAAGGUUAAAAUAUUUCAAUUAAAAUCUGCCUAUUUCAAUUAAAAUCUGCCUAUUUCAAUUAAUGUUUCUUUUCAGAUAAAGCUUCUGUCACAGUUUCUAUAUAUUCUAGCUGUAAUUUGGGUCAGCUAUGCUGUUGCUACAGAAGCAAUUUUGUACCCAAAUACAGUUCUCAAUCGUUUCACAAUAUAUUAUAUAUUCCGCAAAGCUUACUGGCAAAUGUUUGGGGAGCUCUUCCUGGAUGAAAUGGAGGCUGGAAAAGGUUUAACUUUUUACAAAAUUUAUUGUGGCUAACAACAAAUCACAUUAUUUUUGUUGUUGUCGUAGAUUUUAUAAAAUUAUAAUUAUUUAAUAGUUUGUAUUUAUUACUGCAAAUGCUAGAAAUUCACCCAUACAACACAUUCACAGCAAACUUUAAUUUGAUUGGAUCUUACUUCAUUAAGUCUUUUUCUAAUCUUCUUAUCUUAUUACAAUCAAAAGUUAAGUUGGCUUCAAUUCUUAAUGGCUUGAAAAAUUUUAAAAACUAAUGUCUACCCUUCCAUUUUGAAAAAUUGAGUUAAGUAAAUUGAAUUUUCUUUUUUAAAGAUCUUAUUUUAUUUUUGUUUUCAAUCACAUGUAGCAUGGCAGAUAUUUCCAAUAAAAGCAUUAUAAAACUAUUUCCUGGGUCCAAGGAUUUAGGCUAACAAAAUAUGAAGUCAUUUAGGGUAUUUAGAUUUUAUCAAAUUUAGCAUGCUUUAUAUACAGCAGAUGACCCUAACAGUUUGGUAUGUACAAAUGAUGCCACAAAAUAUGCAACUUAUGAGAUGUUAAGAUGUCCAUCUACAAUCGGACGUUACUUUGCACCAGUUCUGCUAGCUGUCUACAUUAUGUUCACAUAUGUCCUGCUGUUCAGCCUCAUCACUGCUGCUUUCACGUGUGUAAAAUAAAAAUAAAUAUUUUUUAGCUAUCACAAAAAUUUAUUGUUUAAAUUUUAAUAAAUAGUUUUGAUCUUAAAACUUCAGACUUUAAAUACAAUCACAUUUAAUUAGAAAUUUAAUUUCUAAAAAUUAGUGCAAAGUCUUAAAAUAUUAAAAACACUAAAUUUUUUAUUAUUUAUAAGCUUAUAUUUAUAUUUUUAUAAGUAUAAUUUAUACUUAUACUUAUAUUGACAUUAUAAGCCCUAAAAUAAGAUGGGCUUUUAAAGACAAUUAGAAUUUUUAUUGAAAUUUUAAUAUGAAUAUUGAUUUAAGUUUUAUGUAAAAAUUUAGUGUGUCUAAGAUUGUUAUAUAAUGUAUUGAAUUUUUUAUUAUGUCAUAUAUUAUUUUACGAUUUUUUUCUCCAGGAAAUCCAUAGCCAAAAUCCAAAAAAAAUCCAGAAAGUUGUGGAGAUUUCAGUUUUGUGAAUUAACUCGGGAUUUUUCAAAGAUAAUGUUUUUACCUCUACCAUUCACUCUGAUUUCAUUGCUUGCAAGGGUAUUUGAUCAGGAUCUUGAUAAAGAGGAUGGAUUUUGUAAGUUUUCAAGGAUUCAUUAAAGAACAGUAAUAAAGACUGAAUGCCUCAUAUUUCAAUAAUUGUUAAUUAAAAACCUGUUUAUUUGAAAAUACAAACUUCUGUAAUUCUAACGAAAAAAAACAACUUCUUAACUUUUUUAAUGUUAAGUAAUACUAGAUCUACUUGAAAAUUAGUUAAGUACAUUCAUUCUAUUUAUUUUUCUCAUGUUAGCUAUUUACAGUGAGCAUUUUCAGCUUGAAUUAAAAGAAAGCAAUGAAAGUGGAAAAAUUACUCGGGAAAUCAUUGAAAAGAUUGAAGAUUUGGAGACUUUUGUUCGACAAAAUGAUAUUGAACCCUUGAUAGAGAAAAAAAGACAAAAAUUAGAGUCUAAAGAAAGGUAGUUACUUUCAGCCUACAGUAAACUAUUCUAAGCUAAUCUUUGAUAUUCUUUUAAAUUUUUAAUCAUAAAUUUUCAUGAAUUAAUUUAAAAUCUUUAAAAAUCAUAAAUUUUGUUUGAAUUUCUCAGAGUUUUUUUUUUUAUAGGAUUUUAAUCAUAAAACUUUUCAUGAGCCUAUGAAAUAUCAGUAUAAAAAGACAAGAUGAUUUAAUUUUAUCUGGUCUAUGAAAAAUACAUUAUUGAAAAAGAAAAAAAAAAAUUACAUAAAAAAAUUGUUUCAGUAUGCAGAAUUUUUAAAAUAUUUAAAAAAAAAAAUAAUUGAAAGCCAACUUUGUUUCAAGAAAAAAAACAACAGAAAAACACAACCUAUUAAGAUAUAUUAAUUCUGUUUGAGAUUUGUUAAUAAAUAUUACUGUUGGAAACAUUCACACCCACACAAAAGAUUAAAUGAACACCAGUUUUUAAAAAAAAAGGUAGUGCAUUAUUUGUCUAAAAUUAGCAGAUCGAAAAUUGGGACGGCAGAAAGUGACCCAGAGAACAAUAAGACAGGUAGGGUAAUGCAAUUCGUAAAUUCAGUUACUGUUUUGUUUAGAGGUAUUUACUUUAAAACAACUUAAGUUGGUAUUUAAGGUAAUAUAUAAUUAAGGCACUUAAAUAUAGCCAUAUUUAGAGGAUUUGUUAAUAAUAUUUAUUAAGAUAAAAGAUAUUAUCAAAAAUUAAACAGUUUCUAUCAUUGUCAAUUAAAAUUCAGAAUAAAGAUUGUCUCUUAAAAUUUCUUGCAGCACACAAAGUGAAUCAAGAUGAAGGCAGGAAAACAGAAAGGUAUUAAAAUAAAAAAAAAUGUAGGCUAGUUCAUAAAUAAGAUAAUAAAAUUGAAAUAUUCAAAUAUUAUUUUAAUAGCUCAAAUGUUUUAAUUCAUUUUGAAAAUGCAAAAACAAUUUUAAAUACUUAAAAUUAAUUGAGGCAUUGAUGAGUUUUUCAAAUUUUUUAAGUCUUAGUAAUAUUUUAAAUGUCAUUUUCAGAAGACCGAGCAAUUUCUUCAGGAAAGAUAGUGGUGAGAACAAGAAAGAAUUUCAAAAUGACGAUGAAGGUAGUUUUAUCCUACCCUUUUAAAGCCAUUAUUUUUUCAUAACACAAGAAGCAAAACAAAAAUCAUCAAAUCAAUGCACAAACAAUAAUUUUUAAAAAAUCACUAACAAAUAUGUAGUUUUAGAUUGUAAAUUGUUAAAAAAAAUGUAUGUCUAAAUAAAAUUCCUUUGUCAAUAAAAGGGCAUAACAUUAGAAAGUAGCCAACUUAUGUGCCUAGUUAUUGUAACAAAAAAAAAAACUUCAAAAGUUGAAUAUAUUCCUUUACAACAUACUACCAAGAUUACUAAAUGAAAAAUCAAUUUUAAUACAUGUUUACUUUUUUUAGGAAAAUAUAAAUAAUCAUUUGCAUUGGAAAAGAUGAGAGAGAACAGAAAAAUAAAUCUGAUCAGAAGAAUAUAACUCCCCCUUAAGUUAUUUAGUGUUUUAAUAAUAUAUAUGAAUAUGUUUAAAUUAAAUAUAUUUUUUAAAUUUCAGACUCAGAGCCUAAUCCAUUUCUGUUUUGGGUAAGUGUCAUUAAACUAAUACAUUUAAUAUAUAGUCGUUUACAUUUAAAAAUAUUGUUAAUUUCAAACUAAAAUAUAAUUUCUUUAAAAAGAAUCUUAACAAAUCUACUUGUUGACAUCUCUUUCCAGUAUCUCUCUAUUGAUGAUAUAAUUUUCAGAAAAAGAAUAAAAUUAUAGGAGCAAUAUAAGUAUUAGGAGGAACAAAGAAGCUUUGAAAUAUAACUGUGAACAAUUUUUCAAAAAGAAAAUUUAAAUUACCAAUUUUUUAAAAUCCACUUUUUUUUUCAUGACAGUAAGGAAUAAACAUAUAUCUUCACAAAAACAUCUGGUUUUUUGUUUUCAUGUUGAAAUAAUAACAUCCUUAAAAACUUUAUUUCAUUAAAACAUUUUAUAAUCGUUUGUUGUAUUUAUUUUUAGCAUUAUCCUGAUUUUUGUUAUGAUUUAACUUUAAAUUUAAAACAAUUUUUGUGUGUUUGGCAUACUUAAAAUUAAACCCCAGGAAGUAAAAAGGUUGUAAUGAUCUUGAUGCUUGUGCACUGUUCGUUCUGUAAAAUUUCUUUUGUGUUUUAAAUGAAUUAAGGGAAAUCUAGUAAUUUAUUUUCCUUAACAAAUUAUCCAUGAUUUUCGUUCUAAUCAAAUGAAAACUCAAUUAUAUGUAAUGCUUUUUUUUUUUACAUCUAAAGCAAGAAAAAAAAAGCUGUAAUUAAAAUAAUGGGAUGAUAAUUUGUAAAGUAACUUAUUUUUUUUUUGUUAAAGUUUUCUUGAUAGUUGAAAUAUGGCAAGUAAAAGAUAUUAAUGGAUAAACUUAAGAAGCAUAAAACGAAAGAAAAUAUAUGUUAAUUUACCACUUGUUCAUUUUUAUAUUUUAAUAUCUCCAAAGGUACCAAUGUAUAGUGAUUCAUAUUUGGUGUCAAAAGAGGAGCAGUCACAGAGAAUGGUUAAUGAACCCAUGUAUGUCAACUGCCUCGUAAAGUCUACUUUACAAAAUUUUUAGCUAUUCAUAUUGAAAUGAAGAAAUCUGUGUUUUAAAUGGAAGUUAGCUAUUAGACCAUCAAUGAUCUUUAAUAUUUAAAAAAAAAAUUAUAUUUAGGCAAUCAUUUGUUUUAAAUAUUUCAAUUUUGGAAACAUUAUACCUGCUAAUUUCUAUGUUUUAGUCAACAUUUAUAACUAAUUCUUAAAUUGAAUUCUUACAGAAAUACAAGCAUUUAAUACCUUUUUUUAAAAAUACCUAAAAAAUUAAGUUUCAAAUGGCUUAAAAAAUAAAAAUCAGGAAAGGCUAGUUCUAUCAUUUUCUAAAAACUUAAAUAGGCUAUUUAAUACAACUUUUUUAAUUAUGCACAAUUUUUAAUGCAACUUUUGCUAUGCCAUUAUUAAGUUAUUAUAAUUUUUUUAUUUUUAAAUUGUGAUAUGAUUUAAUUUGUUUAAAAUGGUAUAAUAAUUAGUUUACAACAAAAAUAGUAUUGCAAAUGGAAUAAAAUCUCUGGAUUAUGGAAAAUAUCGCUACUGAAAACACAUAUAACUUUGUAAAUAUAUUUAUUCAUAGAUAAAGAUAUAAGUUCAUCCAAAACUGGCAUUUCAGAUAAUUAUGUUGGUUUAGUUAUGCGUCUAGUACGAAUUGUAAAAAAAAACCUUAGCUAACACUAUAGCUGAUUUUUUUUACAAGAUCAUUUAAGUCAUCCUAACAAAAAAAUAUGUAUAUUUCAGAAAUCCAAAGGGUAUCAAGUUCAACACCAAAGAUAAAAAACACAAUGUAAACAGGAGAAGCUAUUUAGGGACAUAUGCAGUAGAAAACAGUGGCCCUAUCAACCCUAAAUUACUCAAUGAUUUUAAGAGUCAGAAAGAAAAGGAUGCAGUUCAUAAAAUGUUACCAAGAUGGGGUCCUAAUCAUGUAGGAAUCGCCAUAGUAACAAGGUAAGUAUUGUUAUGUAACUAUUUAACGAAAUUAUUUGAAUGCACAGCUACAAAAAGAAAUGUGUAUAACCUUUUCAAAUUUCUGCAUAAUUCUUAAAAUUACAGUUUGAUCUUCUGGUAAAUUUAUGCUGUGGAAUUAGUUAGUCCUUUCAUCUCCUGUAAUUAGUUUACUGUUGUUGAAAAUUGUAAGAUUUCAUUUGGCAAAGAUUAUCAUGGCACCACAUUGUCUCCCUUAGCUGAGCUAUAAAUUAACUGUAUGUUGAAAUCCUCAUUUCAUGAACUCUUUUAUUUUGUCAUACCAAAGUAAUUUCAUAAUGAAAAGUAUUUUAAACUUCUUCACAUGAUUUCCUUAGGGUUCAGGUUGAUGGAACAAAAAUUGUCAAGAAAGAUGGCAAAGUUGUUCUUGAAUUUUUGAUGAAUGUUGAAAAUGAUGGCAAUUAUAGUUUUCCCACGGUAAAUAACUCAUUUACAAGUAAACUUAGUGGGCUGUAGAAAAAUUAUACUUUGUUUGGUAAGGAGGGUGGCGAUGAUGUGAGUUGAUGAGGAGGUAAACCUUUAUGAUGAAGACAGUUAAAGACUUUCUUAAUUAAAUAAAUAUAACUAUGUAUGCUAAUUCAUAAACAAACAUUAAAUACAUCAAUUUACUUUUUGAACAGGUUUUUUGUUCCCCAGAAUGUGAUCUAUUUACUGAAUACAUCAGUGGCAUACAAAUUAAAUUUGAAAAAACACAGAAAAUCCUGCAAAAAGCUUUAGAUGGUUUCAAAACAGAGAAGCAACUCCAAGACGUGAACCAUACUGUAACUCUUAGACCAAAGGAAGGCAGAUCACCCAUUCCACAUCAAAACAAUAAUAGCCACACAGGCCCAAGACUGAAAGAAACAGCAACCAUUGGACAGAAGGACAUCGCAUCACCAAUUCCAUAUGAAACAAAUAGUGGCAAAUCAGACACCCAUGAAGUAAGAAAAAAAAAAUUAAUUGUAUGCAUAAUGAUAUCCAUGAUUAAGGGCUAAUUUCCUGACACAUGUUGACAAAAACAUUAAAUUAAUUAUUUUACAUUAACGGUUCCCCCACUUACAAAGUAUUUUAUUAUUUUUAUAAAAAUGUAUCCUACUGCUCCUGACAGAGAAAAUUAAUAUUUUAUUUUUAAAAUGAAGUUAAGUUACUGUGAAAGCCUUCAGAGACUUACAAAAAUAAAUAUCCCUUUUUACAUAAAUCAGGGAAGGCUUCAACUCAUUCUCAUUUGCUAAAGGAAAUAAGCUAUAAAAUUAAGUGAAAGAGUUUAUAUUUAGUCUAAUGAAAUAUAAACUCAUGAUCUUUAAAAUUAAACUCUUUUUUAUUUUAAACAAAUAUUUAGCAUUUUAAAUAAAAUAAUUCUUUCACUAAUAUAUGUAUAUAGAACAAUUAAAAAGAGAUGUAACCCACUAGUCAUUAUAAAUUAGUGUGUUAUGAAAAGAUAUUAAUAUAAUAUCUAAAAUACAUCAUUAAAUGCCAUUGAUUUCAGGGCAUGCAUUUCCAUUGAAUAUGUAAAUAUUAUUUAUUUUUAAUUGGUUUAAAUUAAUUAAUGUUCUUAUUUUUUACUUUUUAAAUAAUAAGUAUAUAUAACAAAAAUCCGUAUUUGAAAAAUGUUUUUUUUUGUUGCAGAAACAAGAAUCCAAGAAUAGAUACUGGGAGGUGGUCAGAGUAUGUAACGCAUUAUUCAUGAUAUAUCUAUUUUGUAAUAAAAAGAUAUUAAUAUCUUAAUUAAAAUUAAGCAUUAAAUGCCAUUGAUUUGUUGUCACAAAGAUUUCAUUUCAUUGUAUGAAGUUCCAUUUAUUAUAUAAUUAUCAUUUAAUUUUAAAUUUGAUAAAAUGAAUUAGUUUUCUUAGGUUUUUACUUCUUCAUAUAAUAAACAUAUAGAACAUUAAAAAAACAUACUUUGAAAAACAUUUUUUUUUACAGAAACAAUAUUUCUCAUCACAAUCCAAGAAUAGCUCCUGGAGGCUUGUGAGAGUAUGUAAACCACAUGUCAAUAUAUUUAGUGUGUAAUAAAAAGAUCUUAAAAUCUUAAUUAAAAUAAAUUAUUAAAUGCUAUUGGUUUGUUGUCACAAAGAUUUCAGUGGAUAUAUUUCCAUUGAAUGUAUAAAAAUCAUAUCAUUUUUAACUCAGUUUUCUUAGUUUAUUACUUUUUAAAAUAAGGUAUGGUUUUUAAAUUGAUUAGUUUCAAAUUAUACUUGAAAUUAUGUGUCUUUUUUUCUUUUUUAUGCUUUGUUUUUGUUAAUAAUUUGUUUAUGCCCGUUUUUUUUCCAAAAGACAACAGAAACCAGGAAAAAACGCAACAAAAUAAAGAUGAAAUCUAAAAGUGAAAUUGAGUUGAGGCAUUGCCAAAAAAUUAACACAGUGAGACUAAUUAAAAUUUGUAAAUACAUCUUUAAAUUGACAUAGUGAAAUAAGGGUUUGACUGGAAAAAAACAGCAACAAAGACCAGAAGAAUAAUAAUACAUUAUAUUAAAAUAGAUAUACUCUUCAUUCUAUGGAAUUAUUAUUAUUAGAGUUUACUAUCAAAUUUGAUUAUUAAAAAUCCUAUAAGUUUUUGAUGCAUUUUAUCUAAAAUUUGGUCAUCAAUUUGUCUUUAAGUAGUAAAUCUAGACCCUAUUUUAUUGAAAUUGUAACUUAAUUAAAAAGUGAGCUUAAUAUUUAAUUACUUUAAUCCCCCCUUAGGUCAAAUUAUUUUUAAAACUUAAAAUUUAUUGAUUACUUAAUUUAUUGCUUUUGACAUUCAUUUACAGAUUUUCAUUGGUCAACUGGAGGAUCCUUACCUUAUGACAAAACACAAAUGGAUAGAAAUUAGAAUAGUCAAUUACCAUAACCCUAACAUACAGCAUCAAGAAAUGAUAGAGGUAAGGCUGAAAUGUCACUAAAUAAACGUUUUGAAGUUAUCAAAAAUUAAAACAAUUAACAGCAGAAACGAAUGGUUUCAAGGUGGCAGAGUAUUGGUUGUUUUAAAUAUUUUAAAAUAUUUAAUGGGUUGUUUGAUAAUUCAAGCUUACUUUUAAAAAUUUAAAAUGAGGCAAAUUAAAUUUAAUGAAUCAUUGUGUUCAGAUGUAGUAAUUUUACUAAUGAUUGAGAAUGUCUUAGAGACUCAAUAUAUGCUUCAGAGGUUCCAGGCUAAGCAAGCAUUAUAAAAAGGUUGUUUCAUUGUUUAUGUAAGGAUUUAAUUCCCUUUGAGAUCACCAUGCCAUUAAAAACUCCUGAGUAUAUAAUGCUGUAUUAAUAACAAUAUUAACAACUUAUACCAUUUACAAAAAUCUAACACACCAGUUGAUGCAGCAUGUUUAAAUCAUGUGCUAAAAUUCCUAAAACUUAAAAAUUGUACAAGGAGUGAAUUCUCAAACUAUACAAUUAGCAGAGGAUCUAAUCAUAAUUAUGAAGAGAGGAAUUAAUAGUUUUGAACAUAUAAGAGUCCAUACCUUUAUUAUACUUAAAAUUUGUAAUCAUAAUAUUAUCUAAUUAGAAAAUAUAGAAUCUUUACCAACUUAACAUAAAUUAAAUUUGUAUGAUUUUUCUGAUUUUGUAUUGAAAAUCUUGGUGGCUGACAUGAAACAUGAUGUAUAAUUAAUUAUAAAUUUAUAUUAUAUUAAUGGUGUUUAUUCACCUUUUUGGGGUUUUCUUUUAGGGAUAUAAGGUAGUAUUAGCUCUUCUUAUUUUAUAAUAAUUUGUAGUGGAAACAUUUCAAACUAGAUUUUUAAAUCAUAUCUAAAAAUAUAUCUCAAGUUAGUCUACUAAAAUAGAUAAUUGUUGUCUACUUAAGUCUCAAAGUUAUCUUUAUUAAACAAAGAAAAUUAUUUCAAAAAGAUGUACUGAAGUACAAAUAAUGGCCAGCUAAUAGGGACAGUGCACAUAUUACACAACAAAAAAAAUUGGUAGGGGUGGUUUAUCAUUUUGUUAUGUUUUAUGGGAUGGGUUGGUCUAGAGCAAUGCUAUAUAAGAUUCUUUUUAUUUUUUUGUUUUAAUCAAUUAUUUUUCUUUUAAAAUUUCUGCUUAACAAAUUUAUGAAAUUAACCUGCAUUGUAAACAACUAAAAUGAAUUUUUGGCCUACAAUAAUGAGCACAAAUACAACUUUUUUAAUCUCUUUGCUUGAAAUUUGUUUGUUUCUACUUUUAAAAAAAACUUUAAUUGGGUGUAAUUUGGUGUUUAACUGGCUGCUAGAAAUUUUAUAAUAUUAAGAGGUUAAUGAAAAUAUUAUAUAAUGUUAUGAGAGGUAGGGUGGAAAAAUUUCAUAAUUUUGUGUCAUGUAAUAUGUGCUCUGCACCAAAUAUACAGAAUAUUCAAAAACAGAAUAGGGCCCUUUUACAAUUUUCCUGCUUUGGAUCUUUGAUGAUUGAACUAUUUAGCCUCUGAAAGAGAGCUCUAUUUCAUUUUUCCUCAGUUUGAAUAAAUGACCUUUACAAUGCUUAUCAAGGUAAUUAAUAUAACUUUUCAGAAGAAUACAAACUUAAAGUGGAUAAAUUAUGAGGAAGGAAAAGCACGUGAAAAGAUCAUGGACCUUGAUAUCUUUGGAAUGGUCUGCAAACUUCACAAUGCAUAUAUCAGCUUGGAUCAUCCCCGACCAGUUAGUCGUAAGCCGACCAGUUGGGCAUUGUCCAGCAGACCCAUGACCACCAAGCCCAAUCCUGUAAAACGCACACCGAGUCGUUUAGCAGAUAACAAGCAGCCCAACUUUAGAAAAUCCAGCCAAACUGUGUUGAAUUCUAACCUGAGAGGCAGACGUAAUUAACUUUGUGGUCAGUGUCUUGCAGUAAAAAAAACCAGAUGGAUACUUCUUUUAAAUACUGACAGAGACCAAUGAGAUGAAAACAAUCCUUGGACUUAAAAAUUGAUCAGUCAAUAAUGUUAACAAAAAAAGAAGUAGAAUUAUUUCUAUAUAUAGUUGAAUGAUUUUUUCGUUCAGAGCUUGCCCUGUGAUGCAUGAUAACAGUUGGUAGGGGUGGUUUAUUGGCUUAAAGCCAAUAUAUAUUAUUAGUAAGCAUAAUUUGGGAUAGCUUUGAACCUCAGGAAAAGUGUUUUGUUAUGUUUCAUACAAAAUAUACUGUUACUGUUAAAUAGCAAUAAUAUAUGUAAGCUAUGGCUAAACUUAGUUUUGAUAUGAUGUUUCAUGUUAACAUUUUAUGUGAGCCUAUAAGUGUUGUUUCAAGAUAAUGUAAUGACUGGGAAAAAUUAUUAACUUAAAACUUCAUUACAAACUGAGAUUAGAUAAUACAUCAUGUUGUUUUAUUUAAUUUAAAAAAAAAAUCAUUUUCACAAUUGAACACUUACCAUUAAGUGAAAGAAAGUUCAUAAUUUUUUUUAUAUGUACACUCUCUGGUGGAAAUUGUCAUAGAUUGUGAUCAUGACCCAAAUACCAGAUCUUAUCAGAAUGUUAUAAUUUUGAUAAACGUUUAUAAAUAUUUAUGAAAUAAACCCAUUUUCUCAGAAGCUCAUGUCAUCAUUUUUAAAGUAUUACUCACAUAUAUUAUUUAUUUUAAAAAAAAAUUCUGUGCAUGUAUUUGAGAGUAUUCUCAUUAUAUCCUUGAUUAUUUUUUUAUGAUAUAAAUUUUCAGCAAAUUUGCACAAUAUAGUUCCUUUUUUUGUUUCCAAUGUUUCUAACUUUGAGUUUGGUUGCUUCAUGAUUAUCUUUCACCUUUGAGUCACACUUCAUUUUAAGUCAUAUUUUUAUUUUACAUUUUAGUUGAUGUAUUCUGUUCUUAGGAAAAAAAUUGAACCCAAAAGUUUGGUGGAUAUUUGUUUUCUGCUAUAUAUUUAAAGUUUCAGAGUGUUUCUUUUCAUGCUUUUAUAUUUUGAAAAGUUCAAUUUCACUGCUUUGAAUUUGUUUUCUUUCAUUUAGAAUAAUUUAGGCUUUAGGCAAGUAACAAUUGAUGGAAAGAUUUUUUAUUAAAUAUAACUAUGUAUUUUGAGACAUAUAACGGAAAACUAGUGGUAAAUUUAGGAUUACAAAAUACUAAGCACUAUUACACUGUAGUGUAUUUGUUACAUGCAACUUAUGCACAGCAAAUUUACACAUCAGAUGUUCUUAGUUUUAGCUUAUGAUAAUUGUUGCUUUGUUACUCAUUACUUUUUUUUUUACUUUCGCAAUUGUAAAAAAAGUCUUCAUCUUUUUAUUAAAAACGUAUUAAUCCAUCCACAAUGGUAAAGUCGCUAAAUAGAGAAUUACAUAGUUAC